GUGUAAUUUUUCGGCCACUUCAUUUUUCUAGAGAGAGAAAGUGAUUAUUUGGGGUUCCAAUAAUAUCAUUUUGUGUAUAGAAAAUAUCUAUAAUAUUUUCUAAAUAUUAUUAGAAAUAUUUUCUAUAGAAAUAUACAAGAUUAUUAUUAUCCCAAUUUUAAUCUUUAUAUUUUAUACUACUAUAAUCUUUACUAGCAUAAAGAUUGUGGUAGACUCCGGCGUUGUUCGUGUGUCAAAGUUUGAGACCGGACGCUUGAACAGUUACGUUUGCACUUUCAACGCUCUUCCUACGACUUCUUCAUUUUUACCGCUUACGGAGAAAGGUAUUGUUGCCGUCGUAGGAUUGCCGCGGUCGUGAGCCGUUUUGACGUCCGCGACCUCACCCCCGAUUUCCACCGCCACGGUCUUGGCCUCGUCCGUAGCCUCCAUGUUGUCCGGGAUUGCCGUCACCAUAGCCUAUGCCUCCAUGCUGUCCGCCAUAGCUGCCGGGAGUACCGCCGUGGUAGCCGCCACCGGCACGGUUCGUGAGAAGAGUCGUGGUGCCCGAGUCGGUGGGACUCGUUCGUUGUCGAUCCAGAAGCAUGAGUGCAGAACGGACCUGCAGAAAAGUGGGCAUGGGAUCCUGAAAUUGCAUGAAAGAUGUUUGUGCCUGAAGAUCUGCAGGAAGACCACGAAGCAUUUGGAGAACAAGUUGGUGCUGGGAGAGUGGUGCAUCGACAUCGUCCAGCCAGUCGGCCAGAUUCUGCAAUUGUUGGCAAUAAGCCACCAUGGUGGAGUUGCCUUUGAUGGUCGUGUGAAAUUCAUGCUCGAGUUGCAUGGCCCUGGCAUGUUUGUUGUCGUGGAAUAAGUCGUGAACGACUUUCCAGAGAGCAGAGGCAGUAGAAACAGAGGAGAUUACCAGAUCUGAGACCUCAUCGGUGAUGGUAGAGAGAAUCCAACCGUGGAGGAGAGCGUCGAGUUGGAACAUUCAUCGUCGUCAUCGGAGAGGGGGACGACGGAGCCAGUGAGGUAACCCUGGAGGUUGAAGCGCCGAACAAGAAGGAGAAAAAGUCGGCUCCACUUUCUGUAGUUGGGUUGAGAGAGACUGAGUUGAACAGGAACAUGG